AUGUCACAAGCAGGCUCUUUGCCGUGCAAGAAGCUACUAAUCAUCGGUGCCACUGGACUGAUUGGAAGCCGAAUCACCCAAGAGAUUGUUCGCAAUAAGUCAAAGUUUGACAGGAUAGCCAUCUUCACUUCUCCCGGCACGUACGAAGCCAAAGCAAGCGAGGUUGACAAACUAAAGGACGAAGGAGUGGACAUUAUAGUGGGAGAUGUGACCAACUCCGAGGAUGUCAAAAAGGCCUACCAAGACAUUGACACUGUGGUAUCUGCUGUGGGCAGGAAUGUAAUUGAACACCAGGUUGAACUGGUCCGUUUGGCCAACGAAACUCCCUCGAUCCACAGGUUCUUCCCGUCGGAGUAUGGAACUGAUAUCGAGUACGGCCCGGCUUCGGCUAAUGAAAAACCCCACCAGAAGAAGCUAAAGGUCAGAGCGGCAUUGCAAGCUGCGGACAAGCUGGACUACACCUAUGUUGUAACAGGACCUUACGCCGACGGCAACCCAGGCCUCUACUUUGGUGCAAACAAGGCUGUGAAGGAAGCCGGGACAUUCGACGUGAAGAACAAAGAGGCAGUCUUAAUCGGCGAAGGAAACUUCAGGAUUAGCUUUACCACGAUGAAGGAUGUCGGCAAGCUCGUCGUCUUAGCCCUGACGCAUGCGGAGGCAAGUCGGAACAAGGCGCUACGUGUGAAUUCGUUUACAACCACCGACUCGGAGAUCCUGAAGGAAUUCGAGAAACAGACCGGUGGUCAGCAGUGGGGUGUAAGCUACACGAGUCUGGACACUCUGAAGAAGCUUGAACAAGAAGCAUGGGACGCUGGAAAACCGUACGCUACGGUUUUCACGUUGAGAAGAAUCUGGGCGGAGGGCGGUACCCUCUACGAGAUAAGAGACAAUCAUUUCAUCGAUGGCGACGACGUGGUCGAGACAUUAGCGGAUGCUGUUGCCGAAGCGAUCAGAGUCCAGAACUCAAUAUGA